UCUGCAUUUAUAUUUUCUUACCACAGCUCCAUCGCUGUACUUUUGUUGUACGACAAAAAAACAUACGUGUGUAGCGGAUCUAAUGCGAUUGCACACCGUUUGCUACUAACAAAUUGCUAAUCUGCGGAUCUGCCGUCAUUCUGCAGAUAGUUUGAUUACUCGUUUAAUCGUUAUCGUAAUGUCAAAGAUAAAGUUGACAUUUUUGGGUAUAAUGUAUGCAAUGAAAAUAAAUAUUCCAACUCUCUGUGUGCAAAGUUCAGGAACUACAGUUCCAUUAGGGUCCAUAGACCACAGGUUAAGAACCACUGGGUUGUAUCAUUUUAUUUUAGGUAAAGAAUAGCAGAGUGGCUCUUUAUAUGUAUAUAUGUAUAUAUAAUCGUAUCGCCAUUACAAAAGUUAUAAGGGGCAUUUAUGCUAUGUAUAUUAUGCUAGAUCGAUAACAACAUUCAUAUGCUUUUGUUUCAAUAAAAGAGGCGAUAAUUGCGUUAACGCGUUGUCGUCGUAUUAGAUUUUCGUUAAUAUAGCUAUUUUUCUAUAUGCAUUUAAACGUGACAAUCAUAUUACAUACAUACUCCGUACGUGUAUGUGAACAAUAGCGACAAUCGGUUUUAUUCACGUAUACCACUACAAAAUUCCUAAGCAGAACUUAUGCGUGUUUCUAUAUGUUAUCAUAGGUACAUUGUAUAAGUACAUUUCGUUGUACUUAACGUAUCAUUGUAGAAAAAUAUUACAAUUUUAUGUAAAUAUGUAGAAAAAAAUAUCGCUGUAGCCUAUAUUGCCUACCAUAAACGCUUUUUCUAUAGAAAACGUAACCAUUAUUAUUAGUUAUAAAUAAUGUUAACAAUACAAUUUCUUAUUGCUCUUAUUAUUCGCGGUUAUUAUAACCUAUUUCGUUACGUUGAUAAUACUUUACAAAGAAUUAAGGAAUCGGACAAAGAGAUACUUUUUGACUUUACGACCAUAGACAAUGUGGAUAACUGGAGGGAGAUAUCUGAUACUGUUAGAACAGUAGGAAUGUCAAAAGCUGUUUUAACAUUGCAAACAACUCAAAUUUUUCAACGUGCAAUAUUUUUUAAUCUUCUAAAUCCACAACCAAAUGGCGCUGGCUUUGCGGGAGUACGAAUCAGGAAAAAUUUGAAUCUAUUAAAUUUUAAAAAUAUUGAAAUCACUUGCAGAGGGCAAGGUGACAAUAGUCAUUACAAAGUUGUUCUUAGACACAAAGGUCUUCACUCAGACAAAGAUAUAACGUAUGAACAGUUUUUCAUGGUGCCAAUAUCGAGUAAUACAUUUGUAACAAUUAUAUUGCCAUUGACCGAAUUUAAACCAUAUUAUCGUGGACGAGAGAUACCUAAUGCAGAACCACUGGAUACGUCAAACAUUACAAUGUUCGGUUUACAAAUUUAUGGUGGAGUUUAUUUACCAGUCAAACAAAAAGGUGUUUCAGCAUUAGAAAUAGAAAAUAUUUCUGUAUCAUGA